AUGCGGAUUUUGAGGUACUUGAAGUCUUCUUCGGGAAAGGGUCUCUAUUUCUUAAAACAUGGUCAUCUUAGAGUGGAGGCAUAUACAGAUGCUAAUUGGGCUGGAUCAGUCACUGAUAGAAGGUCAACCUCUGGCUAUUGUACCUUUGUUGGAGGAAAUCUAGUAACUUGGAGAAACAAGAAACAAAAUGUAGUUGCGAGGUCCAGUGCAGAGGCUGAAUUUAGAGCUAUGACUCAGGGUGUGUGUGAGCUAUUAUGGAUUAGACUAUUUUUGAGGGAUUUGGGGAUUCAUCAGACAGAUUCUAUGAGGCUAUACUGUGACAAUACGGUAGCCAUCAAUAUAGCUCACAAUUCAGUUCAGCAAGAUAGGACCAAGCAUGUGGAGAUUGAUAGACAUUUUAUCAAGGAAAAGCUCACUAGUGGCACUAUAUGUACGCCAUUCGUGAGGUCUGGGGACCAACUGGCUGAUGUUCUCACCAAAGGAUUAGGGAAUAAACCAUUCCGUGACAUUCUUAACAAGUUGGACAUGGCUAUGGCUGCCCUUGAUGCUUUGAUUUCCAUUGAAGGAAAAGUUGUCGAAUUCUUGGUGGAGCCAGUUGGGCGUCAAUUCAGUUAUGUCCUUCAUCGAAUCGAAUACAUUGAAGAUUUGAGAGACCAAGUUGAAAAGUUAGAGCCUCAGAGAAUUGAUGUAGCAAAAAAGAAUAGAGAAGAAAUUCUAGAAAAUGUCAAGAAUUGGAUUGAAAAAGUUGAUGGCUUCAUAGUAGAGGCUAAAAAGUUUCUAGAAGAUGGUACCAAUGUGAACCAGAAAUGUUUCAUUGGGCGGUUUCCUGAUUUGGUCACACGUUGCCAGCUAGGUAAGGAAGCAAAAGAUAAAGUUGAGGUGGCUAAAGAUCUAGAAACAGAUGGCUACUUCAAUAGCAUAUCCAAACCAGCUCGUCCUUUGGGAAUAAAGUCCAUACCCUCAGAAAGGCUUGUGACUUAUGAGACCACAAAUUUGGCAAUGAUGAGUGUAAUGAAAGCACUAACUGAUGACAAUAUCAACUUUAUUGGAAUACAUGUGUCUCAAAACCCAGAUAUUAAAAAGAUUCAAGAUCAAAUAGCUGUUAUGUUGGGUUUCACCAAAUUUACUGAUCAGUCAAGUGAAAUUGAAAUAGGAAGCAUGCUUCGUGCAAGGCUCAAGGAUGUGAAAAAGAUACUUAUUAUAUUAGAUGAUAUUUGGGACAGAUUUGAAUUGACAACCUUGGGCAUUCCACUUGGCCAAGAUCAUGAGGGCUGCAAAAUCAUAAUCACAACACGGCGUGAGCAAGUAUGCAGAACCAUGGCAAAGGAAUGGGAGAGGACAAAGAUAGUCUGGCUUGAUGUUUUAUCUGAACAAGAUUCAUGGGACUUAUUUAGAAAAAAUGUUGCCGAUGUUGUUGACUCUUCUGCGUUAAAUGAUGUUGCUAAAGAGGUUUGUAAAGAAUGUGGAGGGCUUCCCAUAGCAGUAGUUACAGUUGGAAAAGCAAUGAAAGGUAAAUAUAACCUUGAAGAAUGGAAAAAUGUAGCUCAAGAAUUAAAAAAAUCAUUGCCAACAAACAUUGAAGGCGUUGAUCGACAAGUGUACAAAACUCUUAGGUUGAGCUAUGAUUACUUGCAAGAUGCGGAAGCCAAGGAUUGCUUCUUGCUUUGUUCUCUGUUUCCCGAGGAUCAUGACAUCUUAAUAGAAGACUUAGUACGGUAUGGGAUGGGGUUGAGAUUAUUCAAAAAUGUUGAUACAGUGCAGGAAACUAGGAGCAGAGCAAAGCCAGUGAUCAACAAUCUCAUGGCUUCAUGUUUGUUAUUAGCUAGUGAUGUACAAGAUUGCAUCAAAAUGCAUGAUGUUGUGCACGAUGUUGCCAUAUUUAUUGGAUCCAAAAAGCAUUUUGUAAGAGCUGGUUGCAAUUUGAAAGAUUGGCCAAAUGUGGAUAGUUUGGAUAAAUACACAGGCAUUUCAUUGACGAGAAAUCAGAUCAGUAACCUUCCUGAGGUCUUGGAAUGUUCAAAGCUCCAAAUAUUGCCAUUUCAUGACAAUCGAAAUGCAUGGUCAUGUUCACAUGAAUUCCUUUCAAGGAUGAAUGCACUUAGUGCUUUAGAUUGGAGCCGACACUUCUACCCUCAUCUUGACAAUCCAAUUUGCUGUCCUGAUACUUUCAAUAACCAAACGUGUCUUCGAACAUUAGUUCUUGAAGGAAUUAAGUUUGGGGAUACUAAAUUUCUUGGACAGUUAAAGACACUUGAAGUCCUUAACCUCAAGCGUGCCUUCUUUUCUAAGGUACCAAAUGCUAUAAGGGAGUUAACUAAUCUAAGGUUGUUGGACAUGACUAGAAGCUUUCAUGAAUUUCUUAUUCUGGCCGCAAUGGUAUCGCCUUUAUGCCAUUUGGAGGAGUUAGAGCUAUGCAUCUAUCCAAAUUUACAAGCCGAUGUAGAAGGUUUAAAUGUCUUUGAGCAUCUGAGGAUUAAAGAUUGUUGUCAAUUUGAGUACUUGAUCAACAUAGAGGAAUGGGGGAUUUCACCACAGGCACAACCACCCGAUCUGCGAUUGUUGUUUAACAUGGAAGAAUUGAAAAUCUGGAAAUUGGAUACUUUCAAAGGGAUAUGCCCAGGUGCACUUACUACUUCCAGCUGGGCAUGCUUCCCAAAGCUCAGGAGUUUGGAAGUUAACGCAUGCCCUGAAUUAUCAACUGUUCUUCCAUUCAAUUUGCUUCAAGGGCUACAACAUUUGGAGAAGCUUUUUGUAUCAGCAUGUGAGAAACUGGAACAAGUAUUUGAUUUUGGUCCUGAAGGACAAGGCAUGAAGCAUAUAUUGAACUGCUCCAGUCAUCAACAUGUGCAACUCUGCAACCUAAGAUCUAUGGAAGUCCAUUCAUGUGGCAAACUGAAAUAUGUCUUCCAACCUUCCAUAGCUCAAGCUCUUUAUCAACUUGAAGUGCUUUGGGUAAGUCCCUGUGAAGAAAUGGAGGAAAGAGAGAGUGGAUUACAAGAUGGUUUUCAAAAGUCUCAAAGAAAUCAAUCUUGA